UCUGGCAGAGGUGCAGGAAGUAUAAAAGUCAGUUUCCCAAAGAGGGUCUCUGGCAGGAGCUGCGGCGUGUCGAGGUUGCACGGGAACAUGCGAUGCUCUUGCUAACCUUGUGACUUCAUCUCCGCUCGAAACGAGACCAUGGAUGGCGGCAAGCAGUUAAAGGUCACCCUUGUUUUCAGCCUUCCCCUAAUUUUUCAGUUCUGCACCGGGAACAACGUCACUGAUGACUACGACUCCAACACCACCAUCGACUACACCCUCUUCGAGAUCCCAUGCGAGAAGGAGGAAGUCCGUAACUUCCGCGCUGCCUUCCUCCCAGCCAUGUACUCCCUCAUCUGCUUCACGGGGCUGCUGGGGAACGGGCUGGUGAUGCUCACCUACAUCUACUACAAGAGGCUCAAGACCAUGACGGACAUCUAUUUGCUGAACCUGGCUCUGGCAGACAUCCUCUUCCUGCUGACCCUCCCCUUUUGGGCCACAAGUGCAGCCAUGCACUGGCUUUUUGGGGAGUUUGCCUGCAAAGCUGUCUAUUGCAUCUGCAGAAUGAGUUUCUUCAGCGGGAUGCUACUUCUCCUGUCCAUCAGCAUUGACAGGUACUUUGCCAUCGUUCAGGCUGCCUCAGCCCACCGCUUCCGUCCCCGGAUGAUAUCCAUUAGCAAGGUCACUUGCAUCCUCAUUUGGGUCAUGGCCUUCAUCCUCUCAGUCCCUGAGCUGGUUCACAGUGGUCUAAGUCAGUCAGACAGCCAUCCCCGCUGUUCCAUCAUCACUAGUGACUUGCAGGCCUUCAACACUGGCAUCAAAGUUUCGCAAAUGGUUUUUGGCUUCUUAUUUCCCCUUCUGGUCAUGUCCGUCUGCUACCUCAUCAUCAUCAAAACAUUACUCCAGGCCCGCAACUUUGAGAAGAAUAAAGCCAUCAAGGUCAUCAUCGCCGUGGUAAUUGUCUUCAUUGUCUUCCAGCUGCCCUACAACGGUGUCAUGCUGGCCAAGACCAUCUCAGCCUUCAACCACACCAGCUCGUGUGAGGAGAGCAAGCAGCUCGACGUGGCGGAUGACGUGACCUACACUCUGGCCUGCUUCCGCUGCUGCCUCAAUCCUUUUCUCUACGCCUUCAUUGGCGUCAAGUUCCGCAAUGACCUCUUCAAGCUUAUGAAGAAGCUGGGCUGCCUGAGCCAGGAGCGCCUCUGCCAGCUGUCCACCUGCCGCGAGAGCAAGAGGUUUUCCUUUGCCAUGGAGACAGAGACGACCACCACCUUCUCCCCGUAAGCCAAGCUCCAGGCAGGCUUUGACCAAGCUGGAGGCUGGACUAGUUUUUUACACUUCCUCUAUUCUGAAUUACUGGUAGAGCGAGACUUGCCACUACUGUAGGAAAGGCAGCCGUAGCGGGAAACCCAGAAGCCUCCCCACAUUACAGGCAACGCGCACCGCUAGCCAAUACUCCGUGGAUGAAGAGACUUAAUAAAGCUGUGACUAACAGCAAAGCAAGGGACAGGAAGACCGGUGAGUCCAGAAUUUAUCAUGCCGUUUCACCUUUAUUUUAGUCUUUCCUAUCAACAUAAGAAAUGCUCAGACUAGAACAUUUUCCUUAAAAGCAACAAACACCAAGAGAAACAGACGUUUGUGCAGCGGAAUUGCUUGGUUCAGAGCUGAACCUCCGAGAGCAUCGUCCUUGCUUUGAACGUCGCUUUUAACAAGACUGCCUAUCGCUCUUCCAUACCUACAAAAAUUACGCUUGCUGCACUGGCUCAGCCUUCAAGACCAAGCAGCACCACCGGCCUCGAGCGCCAAGCGUAACGCAGCACGUAACGUAAGCUGCGAAGCACCCCGGCACAGCACGCUGCUCUGCCUUCCCCCGCGGGAAGUGAGAAAUUUCCAUAGCUCACACUGAAUCCCAUGCACGGCGUACAUCGUUUCCAUAACUUGGCGUACGAGUGUGGCAACUACACAUUUAUCAGGAAAGGUACAAAUUCCACCUCGCUUCUGCCUGUAGCAAUGAUUUCUGGUGUUUCGCCCACUCAGAAGGCGCAUCCUAAGGAGCACAAGCUAUUGCAUCCCGACAUUGACGUGAAUUGCUUAGAAAGGUUGCUCCCCUCUGGAAAUAAAGUCUCCUUCAGCUUCUGAAAGGGCACCUGCCUGCACGAGGCUGACGCAGGGGUAGGAAGCACAGUUUAGAGUCAAACUUUUUGCACACGAACAAAUCAGUUACAAGCUCCAAAUAACCCAUGUCCUUCCAGUCGCCAAGCAUGCAAACUUAAACUAAGAAACAGAUGCUUCUACACCAAUCCAGCCGGGUGCUUAAUGUAUGUUUUCAACACUCAGCCAUCCAGCCUGUCCCGAUGUCAUCCUUACUCCUGAUGUGCUGAGGGACCGUUCGCUCACUCGCUUGAUAUAAAGCGUGUGCUUUAGUGGACUGGUGCCAGACCAGGGCAAGUCCGUACGCAUUCCUCAAGGCAAGACUCUCAAAUUCAGGAGGUAGUUGCGCCCACGUUCCAAGCACUUCAGUCUGCCGGUACCCGGAGCUUGCCUGUACCUCGCUUUAUCGGCUGCUGCGGAUGCAGUCUGCUGAUUUUCACAUACGUGUGGGGCCUUCUCCGCUAUUGCUUGCUGACCUCAAAAGAUAAACAAGAAUGUGGGUUUUCUUCUCCCUUCCCAAUCAACGCGUCUUUCUAGAAGGACUUUAGCAGCUGGCUUUUGAGUCAGAUAUGUAUUUCACUUAUAAGCUAUCGAGAACGUGUUUUGCAUUCAUACCGUCAGUACUAAUAAGGAUGCCGUUCACCGCGGUUUGAUUUAAAUGCGAAGUACAGUCACGUGUUGAAGAUUACUGCCAGGGUCACGUACUUGAAAGGAACAUGGCAGCUGAACAACAGAUUAUUGUCAUGUAAAAUAAGACCUUGAAAAGAAGCCCAGAACGUAGCGCCAGUUGGUGCAUUUACUGGAAGAGCAAAGAUUCCUACUGACAGAUGAAUACCCUGGGAACUGCUGUCACGGGACGGCUGAAUGUCAACUGGGGAGGAGCUGCUGCAAUUGUUCCUGCAUCUGUUAUUGACUUGCCUGCUCUAAUCCCCACAGCGCGCAGCUCUCCCCAGAGCCAGACGUCAGCGCGAAGGGCCCUGGCCAAGGACGGCUCUCGGCGCUGGGCAGGAGCAGGCGGAGGCGCCCAGCCUCACCCUCCAGAGCAGCAGCCUGGCGGAAACUGUAAGGCACGUUGCGGUGGACGAACAGAGCCACGCAGAGCAAAACACACUUACUGAAAAGACAUUUAUAUUUUUGCAGUACCACACGUGGCUCCAUUAGGUGUGAUACAGGGAACUCUCUGGGUCGUAGGUCGAAAACAUUGCUUUAGAGACAUGAGAAUUAAAAUCAGCCUUCCAGGGAAAGAAUUCAAUUAACUCGUUCUGAGAUGAUGGUGCCAGUUAUAUAGCCGGCUGCCAUCAUAAUUAAAUAAAUUCUUCUUCACAAGCCAUUUGGCUCUGGGGUGCGGGACUUGGCCAAGAGCUGGGACUCGGGAAGAAAGCACAUUCUGCCCUGCAUUACCUGUCUGUGCAGAAGCACAAUCCCAUCCAGCCGUUCAACGCGUAUUCUUUUAUAACGUCCAUGCAACACGUACAGAAGUGCUGCUUCUCUGUCACAUGAAAUGGGGGGUUACGACUGACACUGAAUCAUCAUCUGUUCUUGGUUUGUUCCUACGGUCCUUACCCAGGCAAGACACUCGGCUCACGAGAACUUUGCCAGAGCAAGGAACACCCAUAAGACAGGGUCUUUUUAGUUUUCUUCAUCAGUAAUAAUAUAUUCCUAACGUGUAUUCAUAUAUGCAAAGCUGCUUUACACAGAAAGAGUUAAAUAUGUACAUGAAUGUACCCUGAAAAUACACUGCUUUAACUAAAACCCUUUAUGCAAAACACAUUCACCUAACUUAUUCUAGCAAGGAAAACUGCUUCACCAGAACACGCAAUUGUAUUUGUCUCCUAUUUGAUAAAAGCCAGUCCCCUUCUGCAAACUGAGAAGUCUCCAGGUCUUUAUCGACUAGAAGCAUUCUGAAUAGGAAAACAUGCAGCUGCUUCGAUGCGAGUGAGAUACUGAAAGCAUCGCCUGGGACAGCUGCAUCUCAGGCUUCCUCAGCAAGACAGUGGUGACUUCAGAGUGCGUGGCUUUUUUUUUUUAUUUAAUGGACAGGACAAACCUGCCACUUACUUAGAUGAAGCCUGUUAACAUUGGCAUAGGACCCUAACCUGAGAUUCCCCACUAAAGUCUGAAAAUUGACUGUAUUUUGCUGUUUGUGUAAAAUA